AAGCGUGCCCGCCUCAAAUCGGAGCGUCGGCGCGAGCAGUGCCGAGCCAACCAGGCCAGAUACCGACAGAAACAACUCAACCACGCCAAGGAGCUCGAAGCGACCGUGCAGAAGCUGCGAGCUGAUAUCCCAGUGCUCGAACUGCAGCGCAACCGCCUGCUCUACGGCGGCCAGCAGAACGUCUGGAACGUCGUCGUCGAGUACUUCCACGUCUUCCGCUUCGGUGCCCCCGUUGUACUCCCCGUGGAGUCGGUCGAUACAGCAGACGCAACGGUGGACUGCGUCGAGAACGCGGAGACCAAGCAUCAACUAGCCUUCCUGCGAUCGUCGAUGACGGAGGAUGACGUGCUUCUGGGCGAACGCAGCGGCGUCGACGCGUUGAUGGAGCAGUGGUGCCGAUACUCGACGAGUUUCCAGAACUUGUACUUCCAGCUGGAGCGCGUUGAGCGGGUGGACGACAACUUCGUGAGUGCGACGGCCAAAAUGAAUGUUACUGUGUCGGAAGCGACGCUACGGAGCAUCUUUCCCCACCUGCUGCAGGACGACCAAGGACAAGUUGAGAGUCCUCGCCGUCUGAAUGAUCACGCCUCGUCGCUCCGGUCAAAGUUAGCGGGGCAGCGGCUGCGUUUGCCUUGCUCGAUCUGCUUCGAGUGGGACCCGGCGAAGGCCCGUGUCGCGCGUCUCGAGACGACAGUCAACUUUAUGGCGCCUUUGACAAAAGUUUUAGACGAUCUGUCCGACGUGGCGGUCGCGCUGGAACACGCAAUGAUCACGCGGGACGGCGCUGUCAGUAUUCGG